AUGACGGGAAAUCUGACGCCUAUUUUGUUCAGAAAAUUACUCAAUAGUCUGAUCUCCAAGGGUAACAGCCUAGGUAUCCAUAUUCCAAAUGAAGUACUAUGCCAACGCAUAGCUGGAAAUCUCACAGGACCCUACAAGCCCAUUUCAGAUUUUUAUCGCAUGAACUAUGGCAUGGUUUCGUUGGAAGACAUCUUAGAUCAAAUUCAACGAACCUAUAUCUCGCUGAAGGGAGUUCCACAUUCUCAUAAAGAUUCUACUCCAUCUGCUCAAAUAUCUACUCCUAAACCACAGCCUAAGACAUGUGAAUUUUGCGAUAAACGUGGUCAUACAGCCAAGAAAUGUCCGCAAAUCAUAGAGUUGAAAGCUGCCUCAGAAAGAAACUCUACAGCUCGUUCAAAGCCCACAAAAAAGGGUGGUAAUAAGCGUAGUCAUGUUCAUCAUCUCAAUUCCACGGUACCUCCCGAGGACCUGCAGUGUCUUCGGCGAGCUUCACAACCAACAGAAUUAAACAUUAACGAAUUCUUCGUUCUGGACUCUGCUGCUGAAAUAUCGGUUGUUAGUUCUAAACUCCUACAUAACCGAAACGACGAUCCACCUGAUCAAUUGUUCGGUGCUGGUAACGAAGAAAUUCCUGUCGCUGCUUCAGGGAACUUGACAUUCAAGUGGCUCAACAGUGUGUCUCAUUGUAUAUACGCUAUUGCAUCGCCGUAUGUUGACUUAAAUUUGGUUAGUACUAAUGAUCUCGAAGCUAUCGGUGUCAUUGUCGACAAUCGUCGAAAAGCAUUGGUGAAAGUUGACACAGACGAGGUACUUGCCCCUAUCAUCAAGAUUGGUAAGUAUCAAUGUGUUCCUUUAUCUUUUGGUAAAUUACCCAAACACAAGUCUCAAGUCCAUGCGCUUUCCAAAAAAUUUCCAUUAACAUUAGUUCAUAGACUAUUCGGUCAUAUUAAUGUUAAAGACAUUAGGAAGUCUAUUGAAAGCAAAUUGAUAACCAAUAUUCGCAUAAAUGACGUUGACUGGUCUGGUAUUGACAAAUUUCAGUGCAAAGAUUGUCUAGCAGGUAAAAUAACCAAACAUAAGCACAUUGUAGGUUCUAGAUUGAAAUAUCAAAAGUCCUAUGAGCCAUUUGAAUACAUUCAUACUGAUUUGUUUGGUCCGGUGUCUGGUGUUGAUAUUACUUCACCAAAAUAUUUUAUCUCAUUCACAGAUGAGAAUACUCGAUUUCGUUGGGUAUUCCCACUAAAGAAGAAAGAUGCGGAUCAUAUCCUACCCAUUUUUCAACAAUUGGUAAACUAUAUUAAGAAUCAAUUUAAAGUCCGGGUUCUUACAUUUCAUAUGGAUCGUGGCUCUGAAUACACUAACAAGUUAGUCCGCGAUUACUUCAAAGACAAAGGUAUUUUACCUAUUUAUACUACUGUCGGUGACUCUUCUUCGAAUGGAAUUGCUGAACGCGCCAACCUUACUUUCCUAAAUGACUGUAGGACUCUACUUUCUUCAAGUAAACUGCCUGCCAAUCUGUGGUUCUACGCUGUUGAUUUUGCAACGUUAAUGAGAAACGCAUUCAUCAAUUCGUCAACGAACUCCUCCGCUCGCGCUAAGGCAGGUCUAGCUGGUUUAGAUGCAAGAACAAUUCUUCCAUUUGGCCAAGAGGUUAUGGUACAUGAUUACAAUCAGGUUUCCAAAUUAAAACCCCGUGGUAUAACUGGAUUUGCUUUAACUCCAUCGAAGGAAUCACACGGAUAUUUAAUAUUUAUUCCUUCUAUUCACAAGGUCAUUGACACAUCUAACUACGCUCUAGUCAUUAAUGAUUCGAAAUCUCUAGACUCAAUUUCGACCGGUACAUCGGUAUUUGACACAUUAUUGGAAGAUUUUCAUUCCAAUGAAGAUGAACUCGCCUCGAUCGGGGCAGUUGUUGACAACGUUUCUGAUGAUGUCUCCGGCGAUGGCUCUGACGAUGAUUCUGGUAAUGGUUCCGAUGAUACUGAUAUGGUAAAUGCUGAUGUUACCGAGAUUCCUGUUAAUAACGUCGAGCUUCCGGCUGAAACUGACAAGGUAACUACUACUGUUGACGUUACACCUAAUAAAGCCACGGUAUCUACUGAUGCUGUUGCAAAUGAUAUUGAAGACACUAAUGAUCCUAUCAAUGUUGACGAAAUUAUAAAUGACGGAGACAAUAAUACCGCAAGUUCUGUAUCUAGCAAUAUAGAAAAGACUGCAAAGCACAACAAUGCUGAUUUGUCCACAACUCCUUCAUCUAUUGCUUCCAUGACUGGUGAUGAUCUAUCAAAAUCCCCAACAACUUCUGCCAACACCAGAUCUGAUUCCAUUGCUGUUGAUCUCAUCGAAAACCAAUUACUAGAUUCUCAAUACUUAUCCAAUUUGGGUGGUACCGAAAAGGGUGGUAAGACGAAAAUCCAAGACAUGAUUGACGGUAAGGAAAUGUCCUCACUCGCCCCAUACAACACUAAGAGGCAUGUUAAGCCAAAGAAGAAACGGUCAUUAGACGAAAUUUUGGAAACUGGAGAAGAUGUUGAGAAUCCACCACGAAGAAGACAUAGGAUUAAAAACAUUAGAAUUAACCGAAUCAAUGCGGUGAACAAGGCAGUGGGAAUCCAACACACCAAGAUUAAUCCGUCGUUGAACUAUUUUGAAGCAGUCAGUGGAAACGAUAACGUCGAAGAACGAAACUUAUUCUCACAGGCAUAUCAUAAGGAAAUAGAACAACUUGAAAAUAUGAAUACAUGGGAUGAUCAAGAUAUCAAAGAUGAAAGCGAGGUCGAUUCAAACAAAGUCAUAAACACCAUGUUUAUAUUUACAACGAAAAGAAACGGUAAGAAGAAAUGUCGCUGUGUCGCUAGAGGUGAUCAACAGAAACCAGGAACUUUCAAUGAAGAUGCCACAUCAAGUACAGUUCAUCAUUAUGCCUUGAUGACUUGUUUAGCGAUUGCAUUAGACAAAGGACAAUAUAUCACCCAGCUAGACAUCUCAUCUGCGUACUUAUAUGCUGCUCUAGAAGAGGAAUUAUACAUACGGACGCCACCACACAUGAAAAUGAAAGGUAAGGUAAUGAGACUAAAUAAGUCAUUAUAUGGUCUGAAACAAAGCGGUGCCAAUUGGUACAACACCAUUAGAGAAUUCCUUCUUGAUAACUGUGAUUUAACCGAAGUAACUGGAUGGCCAUGUGUAUUUACAAAUAACAAUGUAACUGUCUGCCUAUUCGUUGACGACAUGGUAGUUUUUUCUAAGGAUUUAGCUGAUGCUGAUAAAUUGGUCGAUACUCUUCAAUCAAAAUUUGACACUAAAGUGGUACAUUCUGGUGAAUUAAUUAAUAACUCUGCUAAUUACGACAUUCUAGGAUUAGAAGUGGAAUACAAAUUCAACGAACAUAUGAAAUUUGGUAUGGAAGAAUCGUUGUCUGAUAAGCUAACUAAACUGGAAGUGUCCAUGGAUACUACGAAAAGUUCAAAGACUCCAUCUCCCCCAAAUUAUUACAUCCAAUCAAAUACUAUGGACAGUACUGAUGAAAACUAUUAUAAGGAUGUUAACUGGUUACAGAGAAUUGUCGGUUUAGCUUCAUAUGUUGCCCAUAAAUAUCGAUUUGAUCUACUUUACUAUGUCAAUGUGUUAGCCCAACAUACAUUAUUUCCUAAUAAAGAGGUAAAACGACUGGCAAAACAAUUGGUAAAAUAUAUGUUUGACACAAGAUCAAAGAAACUAUUAUGGAAGAAACAAGAUAUUAAAGAUAAUAAUCUGACUGCUCUGACUGAUGCUGCUUUUGCGAACAUGGCCAAUUUCAAAUCUCAAAUCGGAAAUUUUAUUAUUUUAAAUGGUAAGAUUAUUGGUGGCAAGUCGUCGAAGGAAAAGUUGGCUUGCACUUCAAGUACAGAAGCUGAGCUAUAUUCCGUAAGUGAAGCAUAUCCAAUGUUGCUGAGUUUGCAAGAACUAGUGCAAUCCAUUAAAGCCGAACCAAUUCACCUCAAAAUAAUUACUGAUAGUAAGCCAGUUAUUGCGUUGAUUCAACGUGCAGAAAUGGAUGACAAAAAAUUUCGCACACGAUACUUUGGGGCCAGAGCGUCUAGACUGAGAGAUGAAUUAGACCAGUCAAGGGUUUCACUCCAUUACAUUGACACAGAAACUAAUAUCGCUGACUGUUUAACCAAGCCGCUCUCAAUCAAGAAAUUUAAUGAAUUUACCAAGACUUGGAUUAAUUAG